AUGAGCUCAAUAUUGAACGAUUAUGCAUCGUUUAUGAAAACUUCAGAAUUUUCGAAAACGGCUCCGCAGCCUGAGAGAAUAAAAAGCGAUGUGAUUUAUUGUCGUAUAUGCUUGGGGUCCAGUGACUUUGAAGAACUGAUAAGCCCUUGCUUUUGUGCAGGAACAAUUGGCAUUGUUCAUCAACGGUGUUUGGAGAAGUGGUUAAACUUGUCUCGAUCCAGAGCCUGUGAAAUAUGCGGUUUUACUUUUGAAGUUUUAAAACAUUAUCCUCACUUUUGUAAGUGGUUAUGGAUGGGAGGGAAAGGAGAUGGAAUACACCGUCGCAGAUAUUUAUGGACAGAUUUAAUUUGCCUGCUAAUAAUGGUACCUUUGCUCACAUUGUGCGCAUGGUUGGCGAUUUCUUCGAAUCAGGAUGAAAAAAGUACUAGUUCAAAAAGGUUUCCAUGGCAGUCCUUUUUUCUUGGAUUAUUAUGCAGCCUUCUUCUUUUAGUAUUUAAUAUUUGGUUAAUGUUUUCUCUUCGAUAUCAUCAUCAGUCAUGGAGAAUUUGGCGUAAAGAACAGAGUUAUAUUGUUUUAUCAGAAACUGUUAAAAGAAAAAAGGUGACGAAUAUAAAAAUUGAUUCGCAAGAUCCAAAUCUAAUCAUCCAAAAUAAUAAACAAGAACAAAAUCAACAGUUUAAGCGACUAGAUAUGCCUGAGUCAAAUGAAACAAGUAUAAAACCAAACAAGACCAUAGAUGAUGCUGAACUAGCAAUUAAUACAAUACGGCAACAAUUUUUAAACACUGAAAACUAUUCUGGACCUAUAUGGAAUAUGAAGUCAGAAAUUUGUGAUGAAAUAAAUAAUACUGGAGGGAAUGAUACACCGAUGAUACAUAACAUGUUAAAAACAUUAUCAGAUGAAGAGGUAACGAUUAAGAAAGAUAAUUAUACUAAACAUGUGCAGACAGAACCAAUAUCAUUUAGAAGUUCUUUAUCUGUUUUUAUAGUACCGACAGAAUCCUGUGCAAAUGAUACGCUAAAUGAAGCAACAAACUAA